AAAAAAUUGUAUUGUUUGUUGUGUCUGUAAAAUAUUCUAGGUCUGAGCGUUUAAGAUUUGCGCUCAUACGCUUACCUUAGGCGCUUACUAACCUGGGAUUCAAACUUGCUAAUUUUGUGUCAAAUGUGAAUGUCACUACGAAGUCAAAACAGCGUGCUUUCAGCUUUAAAUUGUAAACAAUCGUUGCAUUACAUUGAAAAUUAUAGUUGUAAGACAAAUAGAACUACCUACUACUUAUUCUUAUCUAUGAAUACUAUCUAACGUGGUUAUGCUACUAUAAUAGUGAUUAAUUUGCUUUGUACCAUUACGGAAGGAUCUUAAUAUUUAACUUCUGCUAAAUACACACAGAAAGAUACCUAUAUCUUUCUUGAUAACAAUAUUAGCAUUAAUAAAUCAAUAUGCUGCAGCCAAUAAAACACAUUUUGAAGGAAAAACUUAUAAUAUUAGCUAGUGGAUCGCCAAGACGGAAAGAAUUAAUUGAAAAUAUUGGUUUAAAAGUAGAACUUUGUCCAUCAUUGUUUGAAGAGGAUCUUGAUCCAAAGAACUUUAGCAGCUUCUCAGAGUUUGUGGAGGAGACUGCAUUGCAGAAGGUUCUAGAAGUUGAGAACAGGUUAAAAUCAUCAGGUCGGAUACCAGAUGUAGUUAUCGGCGCCGACACUAUGGUCACUCUAGAUAAGGAAAUGUUUGGAAAACCUACUUCAGAAGAAGAAGCUUUUCAAAUGUUAUCACGCUUAUCAGGUAGGGGGCACACAGUAUACACAGGUGUAGUUAUUAAAUCUGUGGACAAAGUUAUUAAGUUCACUGAAAAAACUGAUGUAGUGUUCGGGAAGUUAGAGGAGCAGCAGAUUAGAGGAUACAUAGCUACUGGAGAACCUAUGGACAAAGCUGGCGGGUAUGGCAUCCAGGGAGUAGGCGGCACUUUUGUGGAGAAGGUGGAAGGAGAUUACUUCACAGUUGUUGGACUGCCUCUAUACAGACUCUGCUCCGUCAUAUAUGAUAUGUAUAAACAUCAAAUAUGAUGACAUGUAGUACAAAUGUAGGCAUGUUUUAACUUUGCAUUGUGAUAUAAAACAUUACCUUGAUGGUUAGAUCACUUAGAUAAAUUUUAAUUGUACAAUAGUCAAAGAAUCAAUGUGAUUGCAAUAGUGUUGCUUAGUUGUAAGUAGUCCCAGUGUAAUGUAAGGCAGUGGUAGACAGUGGUAUUAAGACUAUAUAUUUUUAUGGUAAACCCUUAAAGCUUCAAAACCAUUUUGUGACUUAAUUUAUUUAUUUGUAUUGUUACCAGACAUUAGUAUUUACUAGAAUAUGUUCCUAUUUCAUACUGUUAACAUUGUUAUGACAUUUUCUAUGUUAAAAUAUAAUGAAUUUGUUUAGAA